UGGUCGCUUACCAGCGGAGAUCUGCGAACGUUGUUUACUGUUUGGUGUACCUGUGCGUCUUUUUCAAUAGUUUAUGUGUGAAAAAUGACUACUCAGCCGCACAGUAAGAAGCGCGUCUGCUAUUAUUAUGAUAGUGACAUAGGAAACUACUAUUAUGGCCAAGGUCAUCCGAUGAAACCUCAUCGCAUUCGUAUGACUCACAACUUGUUGUUAAAUUAUGGCCUUUACAGGAAAAUGGAAAUCUAUCGACCGCAUAAAGCAACUGCUGAUGAAAUGACGAAAUUUCACAGUGAUGAUUAUGUGCGGUUUUUAAGGAGUAUCAGGCCAGAUAACAUGUCUGAAUAUAACAAGCAGAUGCAACGCUUUAAUGUUGGAGAGGAUUGUCCUGUAUUUGAUGGCCUCUAUGAAUUUUGUCAGUUGUCCUCUGGUGGGUCAGUUGCUGCUGCUGUGAAAUUGAACAAACAAGCCUCCGAAAUAUGUAUAAAUUGGGGAGGCGGUUUGCAUCAUGCUAAAAAAUCUGAAGCAUCUGGGUUUUGCUAUGUGAAUGACAUAGUUCUUGGGAUUCUAGAAUUGUUGAAGUACCACCAACGAGUUUUAUAUAUUGAUAUUGAUGUCCAUCAUGGCGAUGGUGUCGAAGAAGCUUUUUAUACUACUGAUCGUGUGAUGACUGUAUCAUUCCAUAAAUACGGUGAAUACUUCCCAGGCACAGGAGAUCUGAGGGACAUUGGUGCUGGAAAAGGAAAAUACUAUGCUGUUAAUAUACCCUUAAGGGAUGGAAUGGAUGAUGAAAGUUAUGAAUCCAUUUUUGUUCCUAUAAUAUCAAAAGUAAUGGAAACCUUUCAGCCUAGUGCAGUUGUGCUACAGUGUGGUGCAGAUUCCUUAACGGGUGAUAGGUUGGGCUGUUUCAACCUAACAGUUAGAGGCCAUGGGAAGUGCGUGGAAUUUGUAAAAAAAUAUGGACUACCAUUUUUAAUGGUCGGUGGUGGUGGCUACACGAUACGGAAUGUUUCACGAUGUUGGACUUAUGAGACUUCAGUAGCUCUUGGUGUUGAAAUAGCCAAUGAACUGCCAUACAACGAUUAUUUUGAAUAUUUUGGUCCAGAUUUUAAACUGCACAUUAGUCCAUCUAACAUGGCAAAUCAGAAUACACCUGAAUACUUGGAGAAGAUUAAGACGAGGUUAUUUGAGAAUUUAAGGAUGUUACCACAUGCUCCAGGUGUACAGGUGCAGGCAAUACCAGAAGAUGCAGUAAAUGAUUCUGAUGAGGAUGAAGAAAAAGCGAAUCCUGAUGAAAGGUUAACACAGGCUGCUCUGGAUAAGAGGAUAGCUCCUGACAAUGAGUAUAGUGAUUCUGAGGAAGAAGGAGAGGGAGGAAGGAGAGAUCAGAGAUCCUUCAAAGGGAGGAAACGACCUAGGCUUGACAAACUGGAGCCCAAAACAGAAAAGCCUGACCCAGAUGAAAAGACGAAACCAGAUGAUAUCACAAAAAUGGAGACAAAAGGUGAAGUGGAGAAGGAUGACAAAUCUGGAAUUACAGAUGACUUAAAGAAAGAGUCAAACCUGAAUCCAUGAUAAUUUGUGAUAAAACUAUAAUGAAAUGUAGCUUUCAUAAUUAUGUACUAAAUCAUAAUGUACAAAGUUGUACAUUAAUUUAAUCAACCUUUCUCUAACACAGUUUAAACAAGAAUAUCAUCAGGCGAUUUGCUACAGUUGUGUGCACUUUGCAUUAUUUGAAGUGAAUGGUGUUGUAUGGUGACAUUUGAAAUCCAGGAUGCAUGAAGAUCAUUUUCAUCAUUUCAUGAGACUUUUAUUGCACUGAUUCAUUUUCUUUGUUGUGUGUUCUGUCAGCAAUAUCCUCCAUGGAGGACUAUUUUGUACAUUUUUGAUGUGAUUGUUUUUUAAAGACAGUUGCCAAAAUGAAAUAUGCUAUAGAAAAGAACUUUAAAUCUACUUUUCAUUGCCUACACAGUAAAACUUCUCAUUUGACUUCCCAGUGCCCUCAUAAGAAGUUGAUUAUGAAUGCAAAUCAAUUUCAGUACGUCACUAUCUUCUCAUGAAUUUUUGCAACUUAUUUGAAUUUUGAAUUAGGCUUAUUUUUUGAUACGACAAAUCUGUUUUGACUAUGGUAAUUCAUAUUAAGAAUUUUUUUAAAGUGUGGAUUAGACAGUACUCUGAAAAGUGUCUUAUUUUAAAUAGCUUUUGUGUGAAAACUGGUAGAAAUAAAUUUUUAUUGAGGAUUUUAUAUCUUCACAUUAUUUUAAGGUCAGGAUGAUAUAUUUGCUCUGGUGUCAUUUUUGUUUUCUUGUAUUUGUUUCUCGUCAUGAAAGACAUGAAACUGGGAUCCAGUGUUUGGAAGUAAUAGAUCUUGCAUUUAUUUUUGUUUGAUACAUUGUGAUCCAACUUAAGCUAAUAGAUAUUUUUGAUAAAAAGAUGUAAAUAUUUGCUUCUGUAGUUGGUGUCUGAUUCACACAGAUUUUUGUCUUUUCUAUCUGUUGGAUAAACUGUAUUACAGACUGCCAUUUUAAGUGGUUUUGGAACAAACCAAGUUGUUUUGGAACCACUUUUCUUGUCUGUUUGACUGACUUUGUAAGUAGGAAUAUCAAUGUACAGUUCAGAUGAAGUUUUAACCAUAAAUUAUCUUACUUAUUUAUAUAAAUUUAGAAUAGAUACAAAUAAAUUGUUUUAUCAGAUUCAUA